AUGUCGGGGCUUGAUGUCGCGGGAAACAGGAUCAGAGAAGCUUACGCUGGUAUUCAGAUGCGGAGAAAGCGCUCGGUGAAAGAGGGACAACUUCUUUGCGACGAAGCUGCAGAUAAGGACUCUACCACCCCGUUGCAGUCAAUGGUGUUCUCCUUCCAUGUGUACCGCAAGAGCGCGCCCAAUGGCAAGGUGUCGGUGUACGUAGGUCGACGGGACUACACCGACCAUCUCACGCACGUCGACCCGAUCAAUGGCAUGGUAUGGCUGGACCGCGACUACGUGCGCGAGCGGCGUGUGUUCGCGCAGGUGGUCAUGACAUACCGCUACGGCCGCGAGGAGGACGAGGUGAUGGGACUCACCUUCGCCAAGGAACUCAUAAUCGCCUCGGCUCAGGUGUACCCCCCCGCGCCCGCCUCCGCGCCCCUCACCUCCCUGCAGGUCCGUCUCCAGAAGAAACUGGGCGCGAAUGCUUUCCCGUUUCACCUGGAGAUGCCCAAGAAUGCCCCGGCGUCUGUCACUCUCCAGCCCGGUAAGGACGAGACAGGGCGUCCGUGUGGAGUGCACUGGGAACUGCGCGUGUAUGUUGGGGACAGCACGGAGGAGCAGCCUCACCGCCGCUCCUGCGUCAGACUCCUCAUCAGGCGUCUCCAGUACGCUCCGGCGAAGCAAGGGCGACAACCCGUGGCGUCGUGUGCAAAGGAAUUCCUCCUGUCUCCGGGCAAGCUGCAUCUCCAGGUCACUCUCGAUAGGCAGAUCUACUACCACGAGGAGGGCGUGGGGAUCAGCGUGGGCGUGACCAACAACUCCAACAAGCAGGUGAAGCGGGUGAAGGUGAGCGUUGUGCAGCUGUGCGACGUCUCGCUGGGUCCCUCGGGCCAGAUAAGGAACACCGUGGCCAGCAUCGAGACGCAGGAAGGAUGCCCCAUCGUCCCCGGCGCGACGCUGACUAAGACCUUCAGCCUGAAGCCGAAGCUCGAGUACAACCGGGAGAAGCGCGGCGUGGCGGUCGAGGGUCGCUUGAAGUCCGAGGNCUUUCAACGGUUCAGGUACGGCAGUCUGAGCAACACUCGUCCGUCAGAGCAAGAUUCGCGGAUAGUCAACAUUCCUAAGUCAUGUCACGUCUUUUCCGCUCUGUCACUGGCAUCCAUGACACUCUCCGCCUUUGUAACCAGAAACUCCCCUCUGACGCUGCCGGGGAGGGAGGCCACGCGCCGAAUGUGGAUCCCACGGCCGCAAGAAGGAGUCUUAUGCAAGAAGGAGUCUUAUGCAGACGCAGAUAUUUUGGAGAGUGCUCGAGGGAGCCAAUAA